GGCGCCCGUCACGGUCCUGGCCCCGGCCCCGGAGGGCCCCCCGGGGCCUGGGUGUCGGGCCCCACCGCGGCGCGGAGCCUGAGCUCCCCACGCCCCUGCCCCGCCAUGGCCACCGAGCCCCCAGCCCUGCGGCUGCGCCAGGCCGCCCCCUCCCCCGCGCCCCCCAGGCCGCCGCCCCCGCCGCCCCCGCCGCCCCCUCCGCGCCUCCUCAACGGCUGCGUCCCGCUCUCGCACCAGGUGGCCGGGCACAUGUACGGCAAGGACAAAGUGGGCAUUCUGCAACACCCAGAUGGCACAGUCUUGAAACAGUUGCAACCGCCACCUCGAGGCCCAAGAGAGCUGGAUUUCUACAGCACAGUUUAUGCUGCUGAUUGUGGGGACAAUGUUCUCCUAGAGCUACGGAAAUAUUUGCCAAAAUAUUAUGGCAUCUGGUCACCACCUACUGCACCAAAUGAUUUAUACCUAAAACUGGAAGAUGUGACGCAUAAAUUUAACAAGCCCUGUAUAAUGGAUGUAAAAAUAGGGCGGAAAAGCUAUGAUCCAUUCGCCUCUUCUGAGAAGAUUCAGCAGCAGGUCAGCAAGUACCCAUUAAUGGAAGAGAUUGGGUUCUUGGUGCUUGGCAUGAGGGUUUACCAUGCUCAUUCUGAUAGUUAUGAGACACAGAACCAGCACUAUGGAAGAAGUUUAACUAAAGAAACCGUCAAAGAUGGAGUGUCCAGAUUUUUUCAUAAUGGUUACUGUUUGAGAAAAGAUGCAGUUGCUGCCAGCAUUCAGAAGAUUGAGAAAAUUCUUAAGUGGUUUGAAAGCCAGAAUCAACUUAACUUUUAUGCAAGUUCCUUACUCUUUGUUUAUGAAGGUUCACCUCUGUCAGCAGCUAACAAAUUGGGUGAUGGAACUUCAUCACAGAAGACCAUUUGGGCCAAAGGGCAGCUGCCAGACACUGAAGUACUUGAGUAUAACAACAACAUUCAUUUAUUGAGCUCUACAGAGAACGGAAAACGAGGGGCCUCUGUAGGCAAAGUGUAUGUGCGUCAUAAAGAAGCAUAUUCCAAGAAUCAUCCUGGUCAGACUUCAUUAAAAGUUGAAAACGGGGAGCGAGGCAGUGUAUGGAAAAGCGGCAAUUGUAUGUCACAGGAACACUUGAAUGGGAAUGUUCUUUCUCAACUGGAAAAAGUCUUCUACCAUCGUCCCACAGAGCUCCCUGAAAGUACAGAUGUGGAAGUGAGGAUGAUCGACUUUGCUCAUGUAUUUCCUAGCAACACGAAGGAUGAGGGAUAUGUUUAUGGGCUGAAACAUCUAAUUACUGUACUGCAAAAUAUUUUAGAUAAUUAAAUUCUUUGCUACGUUCUUUUUAUGGGGCCAAUGAUAAUGAAGAACAGCAACAAAUCUCCCUCGUAAUGUUAUGUAACAGAUUUGUAUUGUGAUUCAACUACAUUUUAUUUGUCUUUGUACUUUUUGGUAGAAGGGUUCACUUUUUUAUACUCUUACUCAGGAAAACUAAUUAAUAGCUGUUCAUUAGAAAACUAUGAACAAAGGAAAAAACAUAGGAAAUGUUAAGCAGGGGAUGUGGUGGUACUUGUCUUAUGUCUGUUUGGCCUAAGUUAAAUAAAAACUCUUGAGUUUGAAGGGUUCAAUUUUAGCUUCCUGUAGCAAAUUCAUCAGUGCAUCCCUGUCCACCCCACCAUGCCAUUGAGCCAUAGUGAUUCGAAAACAGACUGAAAACUAGAAGGGACAAGUUGAUAUCCUGAGCCUCAUCUGUGGCCCUGGACCAAGUUACUAAACUGGAGAAAGUCUGAGUUGAUGAAGAAGUAAUAAUGAUAGUCUAGAUUCUCUCUUCCAUGUUCAGACCAGCAGAUCAAAGGUGCUAAGGUGCUUCUUUCUCAAAGUGGAUAAUAUUUUUGUUGCAUUUUAAAAAGAUAAUCCCUUUCAUUUUCAUAAUGGCGUGUUUGAAAGACAACAAUAGACUUCUUAUACUGUCUAUCUGAAAUAAUAAAAAUAAUUUAGAAUCGGAAAGGCAUUGAUUUGCGCCCAAAACAAACAAACAAAAUUCUUUAAAAAAAACUACAGCUUUGCAUUUUAGAGAUGAAUGCAUUUUUGUAGCUUUCUUUUCCAAAAGAAUCAAAACUCUUACUCAAUGGAGAUUUGAGAUUUUGUUCUUUAUAAUUUUUUUAAUAGUAUUUUGUUCUUCGAGGCCAUUUCAUUUUACCACCAUUUGUUUUGAGAGAAACCCUGUGGACUUGUUGCUAAAGUCAUGUCUCACCAUAACCAACGACAGUAGUCAUUAGUAGUAUUAGUGAUUAUUCAGUAACAGAUUUUUUUUCCUUUGGUGUAUUAUAAUAGGAUUCAAUGUUUUUUCCAUAAAAUCCAACUUUUUACUAUUAUUCAAGUCAAUAGAGUUUAAUUAAAUAUAGUCUUAUAUUUUAGAUCACAUUUAAUGAUGACUUUCACCUUUAGAAUUGAAUUUUAUUGAGGGAAGAUGCCACUUUGCACACAUUCUUAGGUAUUUUUGUAUAAAUUUAAAAAUUGGAUUCUUAAGUAUUUGCUGUAAGUGAACAAGAAAAAAACUUUAAUGAUGCCAUAAUUUUUUUUUUUUUAAUUGCAUACCUGAAACUUUUUCACAUUCAUUUUUGGAAGAGGGAGUGCUAUUUUGGUUCUAGUCCGGUCAGUCAUAAUUUGAAAGCCUAGUUCAUAAUGGAAAAAUGUCAUCUGAGUUUAGUUUCAGUUUUGCUUAAAGGAGAAAACAUUAGACAAAACACAUAAGGUUAGUUUUCCAGCAUCUUGCAAACUGUAUAGUUAGGAUCUGUUGAAAAUCAAUCAGAAGUACUUGAGUCCUUUUAUAUUUAAGUCUAGACUAAGUUGAAGGGGAAAUGUUGAUUAUAUUUGGGGUUUUAAAAAAUCUUUUCUAUUGUAAUCCAUAUACUUAUUCUUGUAUUUUGAUUCAUUUCUAAAUUUGCCACAUUCCAGGAAAAUACAUGCUUGGCUGUUGGUUAUUUUUUAGCCUUUCCACAUGAUAGCUUUUAAAAGAGAAAAUAUUUUUAAACCACUUGUAAGGGUCAGAAUUAUUUGUGCUUAUAAACUCCUAUGUCUUGGUCUUUCUGUCUUUCUCUUUUUCUGUUUCUCUUUUCCCCCCUCUCUCUUCCUUUUGUUCAGAUAGGUGCGGAGGAUCAAUAGGAAUACUCAUGACUUCCUAAUUCAAAGAACAGGAUGUUAAAAUGCCUGAAUAUGAAAAAAUAGAGCUGCUUUAUAGAAAAUCAUUUUGUGAUUGAAUGUACCUUCAUAAAUUCUAUUGCAUUUUUAAGUCCCAUUGCAUUUUACAGUUUCAUAAGCAGGAGAAAAAUUCAGUUGCUUGUGUGGUUGUUUAGGAGUUAGUUUUGAGAGUUGGUUUCUUUCUGUAAUAGCAGUAAUUGGGCUUUUGUCAUGUCUUCUAGGAUACCAUCUCUUCCUCCAUCUUCUUUGCCCUCCCCGUACUGCCAUAAUUUCUAUCUUUUUAUACACCCACACACACACCCCCACACACCCCAUAUACCAGAAUAAUGGUGAAAUCUUGGGCUGAAAAAGGAAAGCAAAGAAAACCAAAUCAAGAAAAUUACCACUUUUUUCCCCUAUUAAAAAAGGCCAUUAAUAUUAUGAAUUCAUUAAACCUGAAACUCGUAAGAUUAACAUUAGUUUAAGUCUGAUUUAACUGUCAUUUCAGUUAUAUUUUUGUGAAAUCAGUAUCCUGUCUUUGGCUAGUGAAAUUCAAUUGUUAUGUCAAAACAGUUAUUCUGUUUUUCAGGGAAAGGAUUAGAACUUAAUUCUUUUUGUUUAUAUUUUUACAUCUUUCUCAUCUAACUCCUCCCUUUUAAGUUCCUUAUCUAGCAUAGAGAAUCUGACUAGACAUGGUUAAACAACUGUCCUUAAAAAAAAAAAAAUGCAACCUAUCACCAAUUAGAAAUUUGUGCUAAAAUUAACCAGUUAAUUAACCAUUCAUGCUCACUAGCAAACAUUUAAACUAUCAAAACAUGAGUUUUUAAACACUAAGCAUAACAAAGACCUUUUAUGUUAACAGGGUUGCCAUAGUUAUUAAAGGCAUUAUAGAUACUGGUUUUAGCGUAUUCCCUAUGAAUGCACCUGCUCAGAGGACUUUCUGAGAAUUGUGAUAACUAUGUAAAAGUUUCUAAUAAAAUUGAAAAUUGUAUAAUAGUUUUUAUAACAAAGUAUUUAUGUUAAUUGGUAUUUUUAAUAUGGAUGGAAGUUGCAUAGAUUGAAUCAUAAACUAUUAAGCAAUUAUAAAAAAUGUUCAAUAUUUUAUCUAAAUAGUUUUACAAAAAAAAAAAAGAACCUAUGAAAACAUAUAUUAAAUGGCUUUACCAUGAAGCUUGUAUUUUCAACCCAUUGUUGGUUAAUUGUUAUGCAUGUACAAAAAAACCUUAUUUCGUUUUGUUUUUAUACAUUACCAGUUCACAAUUUCCAAGUUUUAGAUUGCAUUCAGUGGAGUAAGACCUUUUUGCCUCUCUGCGUGGAUACAAGUGAAUAUUUAAGAGGAUUGCUAUUACCCAGGGUGCUGGCUUGCAGUUUUCAUAUAUUUGAUCUAUAUAAAAAAAUUUAGAGUGGAGGAAAGAAGGUAGAAACCAUUAAGGAUUUGUUGUCAAUAACAUAGAAAUCUAAUUUAAAGUGUCCAUUUUAAAGAGUUGCCAUCACUUUAGUAGUAGCCUUUGGUCAAUACCUGCCUUUUGCUAAUGCUUUUGUUUGCUUUUCACAUUGUUUACAUUGCUUUGCAAUAACCUUCCUUCUUGAGUGCCUUCAACUUUUGAUUUGGUAUCUUUGUAACCUUAUAGAACUGUUGAUGGCUUUAAAAUGUCAAGGCUAGUAUGUAAAAACAUGUCAGAUUUUCAGAAACAUGAAUUAGCUAAUGUGAUGACAAAUGAAAAGUUUAGCCACCAUUUAAAAGAAAGUAAUUUUGAAGAAUAUGAUUAUUUUACUUUGAUCUUUAGAGAAUAUACCUUUUUUAAAAAAAAAAUCACCUUUAAAUAUAUUUGUGUGAAAUACAAACUAUAGUUUAAAUAUGUCCAUAUUCAGAGUUAAGAUGGCUUUUAAAACAGCUGGAAAUGUUUUGUGUUCAUAUUAUACGGCAGCAUUACUUCUGCAUAAUCUUGGAGUUUAUGUAUUGAUGAUAGAUGACAGAUGACAUCCAAAGGCCUUAAAUUUUCUUAUUUCUUAUUCGGAUGGUACGUUUUACUUGGAUGUUCAUUCAGUGACAUAUAAAGUAGAAUUAAUGUAAUAAAAUGAACUGUGAAGUACAUUCCAUCACAUAUCCACAAGCAAAAUACUACACAUUUUUCUCAUAUAGAAUAAUUUAAUAGUAGUAUUGUACUAAUAUUUAUUUUAGACUUUGAUCCUAGGUUUUCAAAGUAUGAAAAUGAUAGUGAAGAUAAAAGUUCCUUUUGAAAUGUAGGGGAAAUGACUAAGUUGUAAUAUAUACUAUUAAUAUUUUGGAAGGAUAGAAAGGCUCCUCUUUUUGGAGUCGGAGUCAGUUAUUCCCAAUUAUUUUGAUGACUCCCAUACAAGGAAUCAUAGAGCUUAAGUGUUUAAACAGUAAUUAGCGUGCUUUCAAGUCUUUUUGAAAUUUUGUAGUUAUUGGGAUUGAGUUUUAAUAUGGUGUUCACCUACAGUAUGUAUUAACAGUUUUAAUAUGACGUGAAAUAUUCUAUAAACAAUGUAUAUUGCACCUGCUUAUAAAAGAAAAUGGAGUGCACAAAGACACUUUAUUGCUCUGGGAACUGGACUGGAAAAGUAUAUGAGAACAUGUGAAAUUGCACCUAAACUUUUGUUUUUAACUGAUGAUUAUAAAACUGAAAAGCUAAAUUUAUUGUACUUGAAUGAAUGUACGUAGUCUGGUCUUAGUUUCUUUGAUUUAAAUGUCUAAAUUAUGUCUCCUUAAAAAUGUGUUUGACUGUAAUUCAUGCUGUUGGGCUUUGGGGGCCAUUACUGGACUACAGGGCUUGAUGAUAUGUAACUUGUGUUCAUUAUUUUAUAGAAUCAUCUAUACCAGUUUUAUAAUUUAAGUGAUAUUUAGAUAAUCCUAAUAACUGUAUAUUUGGCAAACUAUUAAAAAAAAUUUCAGUGAUGCUUCUCCCCUUGAUUUAUAGAAAAUACCUAUUUCUCAUUUUAAACAACACAACUGGAUAAGAUGUUUGUACUUUAUUGACCUAUCAUCUCCCUUGUACUUAUGUUCUACUUUGUUAGCAGGCUUUUGUUUCUUUUUGAAAAAUCACCACGCAAAACAUGACACCCUAUGUAUUUUUGGUAGAUUAAUCUCUUGGGAAUAGAUAGACCCUAGAAUGGUUAUCCAGUUGCACUCGAGUUUGAAAAAGCUAUCGUUUAAGGAUUUAUGCUAAAAUUAACCACUGCAGGGACUCUCGAUUGCUAUCAAACAAGUGUACAAGGGUUUUUAAUUUAGAAUAAACAUAACAAGGACCUUUUAUGUUAACAGGGUUGUCAAAGGAAACAUUACAGAUACCGGUUUUAGCAUAUCCCUGGGAAAUGCAUACACUCGUAGGACUUUCUGAGAAUUGUAAUAAAGUGUAAAAAUUUCUCUAAUAAAAUUUAAAUUGUACAGUA